UUGUGUGCCAAACGCUGGGCACCUGUCGCCUCACACGUGUUGCGUUCCACUUGCGCUGUGCGUUUCCUUUGCACCCGCGUACACCGCGGCGAAUACGUUACGUUACGUAUUGUGGUGCAGCCAAAGCGAAAUAAUAUCUGAUAAUAGUUAUGUGAGCCGAGAGUGGAGUGCUUAGUCAGAAUUUCAAGCUCUGGCAGUGAUUUAACUCAUAUUAAAAUAUUGAAAAAGUGGAGAAAAGAAGAGAAGAUAACGGGUUACCCACAAGAAUGUUAAAUAGUUUACCCUGUUUUGCUAGAAGGCGGAACAUCAUCAAUGUGAGUGCUGCGGACUGUGUGCUCUUCCACUAGAGCUCUGCGCCGCUCGGGGGCAAUGAAAUCGCGGAAGCUGCCAAAGGGCUUCGUGCUUUGUGGCCUCAACUGUCUGACGUUCGUCUACUUCCCGCUCGUCCUGCCCAUCCUGCGAUGCUCGGCCGGAGCAGCGGGCCCGGCGGCCGGAGGCGGUGGAUCAAAGACCGCCGAGGACUUCGACUUCCGGAUGCAGCGGGUAAGGAAGGUCCUGAAGGAAGUGCCCCUAAUCGACGGACACAACGAUUUGCCGUGGAAUAUCCGCAAGUUCCUGAAGAACCAGCUGAAGGACUUUCACUUCGGCGGGGACCUGCGGGAAUUGUCUCCCUGGUCCUCGAGUGCCUGGAGUCAUACGGACCUGCGCCGUCUGAAGGAGGGCAUGGUCUCCGCGCAGUUCUGGUCCGCAUACGCCCCCUGCUCAUCACAGCAUCUGGAUGCAGUGCAGCUCACUCUGGAGCAGAUCGAUCUGAUCCGUCGACUAGUCCAGCUCUAUCCGCACCACAUGGCGCUGGUCACAACCGCGUCGGGAAUCGAGCAGACGCACCUGACGGGGAAAAUAGCCAGUCUUAUUGGCGUGGAGGGCGGUCAUGCCAUCGGCACCAGUCUGAGUGUCCUGCGAAUGUUCUACCAACUGGGCGCCAGAUACCUAACCCUCACUCACACCUGCAAUACACCGUGGGCGGACUGCUGCAAAGUUGACGAACCGGGAAAGUACCCGCACAUAGGCGGUCUCUCGCAGUUCGGCAAGCUGGUGGUCAAGGAGAUGAAUCGACUGGGCAUGAUUGUUGAUCUGUCGCACGUUUCAGUGCCCACGAUGCUGGACGCACUGGCCGCCUCGAGGGCUCCGUUGAUAUUCUCGCACUCCUCGGCGCACGCCAUCUGCAACAGUUCCCGCAACGUUCCCGAUCAUGUCCUGCAGCGCAUUGCAAUAAACGGCGGUCUGGUUAUGGUGGCCUUUUAUCCGCAUUUCGUCAGCUGCUCGGGACAGGCAACAUUGCACGAUGUUGUGGCGCAUAUCAACCACAUAAGGGAGGUGGCCGGCAUCGAUCAUGUCGGCAUUGGAGCUGGCUACGACGGAGUCAACUUAGUGCCCAAAGGACUGGAGGAUGUGUCCAAGUAUCCGCAUCUUUUUGCUGCCCUGCUCGAGUCUGAUAAAUGGUCGGAGGAGGAUAUUGCCAAGUUGGCUGGCCAGAAUCUAAUACGUGUGUUCAAGGAAGUCGAAGCGGUUCGCGAUCAGAUGGAGCUCUUGCGAGUGUCGCCCAUCGAUCAGUCAAUUCCAGCCGAGGACAUUAUGGGCAGAUCCUACUGUCGUUAUCAAGGACCAAGAACGUGAUAAUUUCUCCAUUUGUAUAGUUCACCCAUAUGCAUAGCGUUACAUUCAUCGCAACCCCGUGGCAAAAAUGGGUAAAAAAAAAAUGAUGUCAAGCGUACGUGUUGUAAAGUGAAACUUGUUUUAGGUUAAUUGACAAAGUUUUCCUCCUCUCUGCUACUGAUGUUGUUGUUUUUCUUGUUGUUGCGUAUUGUUUGUGUGUGUGUGUGUGGCAUGAUGCUGCACAAAUAUAUGCACACACACACAUUCGGAAAAAAACGCCGACAUUUUGCAAUCGCUCAGAGUAGAACAGCUGGCUAGCUGCUGUUGUAACACUGGGAAGAACUGGUCCAGAAAUACCGAGUGAUUUUUGGAAUAAGUCUUAGCCAUUUUAUUAGUGAUUUUAAAACACAACGGCUUCUGUUCAUACAUUUGUUUAAAAAAUGUAUUCAUUCAGUGUUUAAGCUUUUUAAUUGCGUGGCUUUAUUUUAAAAGCAAGUUAAUCCAAAUAAUUUUUUAAAUAGCAAUUUGAGUAAUACAACCUAGAACAAUAAAUCCAAUGCAGAUUUUUCUCAGUGCAUACAACUUUGUGCACAGCUGGCAUCGCCCAUAAACAAAUACAAAGUGGCAUGAGGAGACCGCCACCCACCCACAAACGCCCCAAUCCACCCAACCCUUCGUCCCUUCAUUCCCGAACUAGCCAACAUUGUGUAAAUAUCAUUGCCAUGUUUAUUUUUAUCUCUAGCUCUAGCUCUAAGUCAGAAAAAAAGAGGACAAGCAAAAAAAUAAGGAUGAAUAACAGAAAAUCUCAAAGCACACAAAAGCUAGAAAAAGUAAAGCCCCAAGUAGCGAAAGUAAAGCACAUUUAGCCCCAAAUUAAUAAACCGACAACAAGGUGGAAAGUGAAUUCCAUGGAAAAAAAACUGAGGCUAAUCACAGAAGUCAAGCUCAAUGUUAGUACAGAAGGAAAAUCUAAUUUUUCAUCAUGUAUUUUUUCUAUGAAAAAGUUAUUAAAGUUUACAAAGAAUAUAGCUAAUAGUUAAUGAAAUAAAUGUUAAAUUCUUAUACGCGAUUUUUGCUGGGCUUAUUCGGAUCUGGUAGCAGAAAAUGUUCGUUAAUCUGCCUUUAUUAGCCCGGCACUCGCAGCGAAACGAUUUAAUUACAAUAUAUAUUAUGCGUUUUAAGAGUUUUUAAUUUCGUUAUUAACCUAAAUGAAAUUCCCAUUUAAUAAGUUAAUUAACAUUAAACAUUUAAUUAGCCAGGGCUAACACAUAACGAGGGCAAACGAAAAAAUGUAAUUCAAUGCACAAAUUGAAUGUAACCACAUUUUUUGCAUCAUUUGUAAGGCUUAAAUACCAAUCUUUUAAUCAAUAUUCAAGUGAAGCGAUGCAAUUUCAAAUGAAAUGCAGCGAAAUGGUAAACAUAUUGAACAAUUAAUAGAUCCAUACAAAAUUCAACCCGCCAAAAUUGCAAAUAAGUUCACAAGCAAACCAAUUAAGCGAGAAAUAAUAUUAAAUAAAAAUUGUAUAGAAAGCAAAUGAGUAAAACUGUAAACGUGUUUGUUCAAGAACAAUUUAACUCAUAUACCUACACAUACUCAGCUAUAUCACAUGUAUAAAUAUGUAUACUUAAAUAUUUUGUUUUAAUUUAAUCAUCAAAUUUGGAUAGGCAAAAAGAAGUCUGCGACUGGGUCAUCAAAAAGUUGCAUUCCCCCACUUUUUGCUGAUCGACUUAUAAAAAAAAAUUCAAUAUUUUUGUUUAAAAAAAGAGGUAACGAUGAAAAAAUAGCUACAAAUUUAAAACAUAUUUAAAGUUUAAACAAGGUGUGGGGCGAAACAAAACAAAAGGCAAAGAAUAACACAUGUGAUCAAAACUAAAAUUAAAUUACAGAUCUAUAUUAUUACUACUUCUAUAUUACUAUAAUAAUUUAAUGUUUAACAACCCAAAAAAGGAACAUUACAAACCAAUUCAACCAUUUUUACUGCUGAUGGAAAUUGAAAAAAAACUACAAUUUAUCGAUUAUAACUAGCCUAUAAUAAAGUGAGAAACUCAACUGUAACCAUAUAGGAAAACACUUCAAAAUGCUGAUUAUGCAAACCGUGUUUUAACACCCUGUAAAUAUUUGUAUGAAUAAUGAUCAAAUAGUUAUAAUAAUUGUAUGGAAAGUAUGUCAAGUUGUGAACUAGAAAACAACCAAGAACAAGCAAAGAAUAAAUACAUUAAUUUAUAUGUGUAAAUUGGAAGAUGUCGUAA